CAAGCAUAAAAAUAUUUUCCUGAAUUUUUUUGACCUAUAGGUCAAGAGUUAAGGGUCCCUGAAGGGUCAACAUAGUAACCAUGGUAACCAGGCUUCAUAGCCUGUCUCAGGCAGCAUACUUAUGUUUGUAUAAACUGGUCCCUUUCUCAUAUACAUAUCUUUAUGCACCAUCUUGUUUGGGGAAGGAUUGGGUUAAUGGUUGGGGUGAUGAAUAUCCCCUAAAAACUGAUGCAUUAUAAAUAUAUGAGGUGAUGGGAGACCCCUUAUCCUUGCUGGCUUCUCCAGUCGACAUUUUGAAAUUUAAGUUUUGGAGUUUGUACUUACUGGUAUCCGCUCAAUUAUUAAUUUUUAAAAUUGAAGAUGACGUUGCAUAACUUAAUUUAUGGAACACUGUAUGUGUUAUAUAUAGUUCAUUGUGUUUGUGGUAAAAGUUGCGCGAAUGUCGAUAAAAUAGAAAUAGAUAAACAGGUUAAAGUUGUGUGUGAUGAGACGGAUAACCUGGGUGGAUUGGUUAUCUGGUUCAAGGAGACAUUACCAUCCAAUUGCAGUGGAUUUCUGAUAUGUAAUCAAACGAUGUGUAUGGAAAUUAAUGAAACUGUUAUGUUCUUCAGUGACACUAUCAAAAUUGAAGAAGUAGAGUAUGAAAAUAAAAAGAUACGGGUAUGGGGAAGUGAAAGCUAUGUAACUUUUUAUUUUAAAAGUUUCGUGGAUGCCAGCCGUUAUCUACUAAAUAACAUCACAAUUUCAAACGCCAACCACACAUUUCCAUCCAAUAAACUAUCCGACUUAACUCAGGAAAAAAUUAGUGACACUUAUUGUAAUAUAGCGGCUGAAACGAAGAACUGUACCACCAAGCAAGCAGUAACUAAAGCUAUUCAAGGCACUACUCCUCUUCCUUCUGCAUGCACAGUUCUAAUUCUGUGCAACCAAAUAUCAUGCAUCAGGUUCAACUACACAAGUCUCCUGCAUUCAGCCUUCUUUGCCAGAAAGCACACGUUUAUUCCUACCAACGAAGGUAAAUUGCCAUCUUGCUUUCAUCUUCGUCAAGAUGCAUUUUUCCAUCCUGGAUCUCUCCGACGCCCACGUGGUAUUAUACUUUCCUUGGAGAAAGCUAAAGUUAAAAAGGCGCCAAGCGGAUUACCUUUCAAUCUCCCUGGAUAUAGAUAUUGCGGGCCUGCCACCGAUAUUGAGAAGCAGGAUGAUCUCGGUGGCCCAAUAAAUGCUGUUGAUGCAGCAUGCCGCAAACAUGACGUCGAUUAUUUGCUAGGGGUUCUACCAUCAGAGGCAGACGAGGCACUUCUAACUACUGUGCAAUUACAUCGAAAAGAUCUGUUCCCACUUUUUGCGGCCGCAAUGAGUGCCAAAAAAUAUUUCGAAAGUCAAAUUGGAGGGUCCUAUACAUCCUUCUUAUAUUUCUACCCAGCAGGAUUUUAUCCCAGUUUAACUUUGCAUUUUGCACAUGAAACGGUGUACGAUAAAACUUCAGCAGGAACACUAACAACUGCUCGUGCCAUCUGGGAAGGCCAAGCUCAGGAGUCAAAGUGGAUAAGUAUUCUGCAAAAUAUUUGGCUAGGGAGCUGCUACACGGUGGAUCCAGAAACUAAUGUAAAUCCACCGCAUAUCGAUCAAAAACAGUCUGACAUGAAUUCCCUCGUCAUGCCAUGCUCAAAUGUGGAUGAAAUGGACACCAAUGCAGACGCACUUGUGAGAAAUAUUGCAACAUAUUUAUAAAUAGCAGCGACCGCGGAUGUUGUGGGGGACAUCGUGAAAUUGUUGUUGUAGUAACAAGCUCAUGUACGUUUUUGUUCUGAUCAAUACAGGAGGAUGGUGAUGGAGAUGAUGAACGUGGGCACUGUGGACAACGUGAAGAGUUAGGGGAAGGGUCAGCUCCUGGCGGUGAAUCACCAAUGGACACUUCAAAUACAGAGUAUGCAUCCAAGAGUACAGAAGGUGAAGAUACAU